UCCAGUAACCAUUUUGUUAGCCAUCAACAAUUUCUCUAGCUUGAAAAUCUAAAAAAAAAAAAAAUUCAGAGUAUUUUUCCUAGGCAGCCAUCAAGGUGAAACUUUCGUCUUAAAAAGUACUACCAUCUUUCGGUUCCAAAAUUCGCUAAAGAAUGCUCAAAAUUAAAUUGUAUGAUGUGGGAAUCUUUGUGCUCCUGACAUCCAUGCAUGUGUGCAUGGUCCUCCAGCCGGUGAUCGAGGCCAAUGUCAAUAUGAAGGCAACCUAUCCAGCAGUUGAUCGAAGCUUGUGGCUCCAAGUGAGCUACAACUAUAAUCACUGGAUGUUGGUCAAGUCGAUGAUGUACUCAAUGCUGGCAAUAGUUGGACUUUGGUACAGUCGGCAUCUGCAGGGAUCUGAGGAGCAGGAGAGUGCCGAGGAAGUGAAAAACAGAUGGCUGAGCAGGAAUCAAAUGGCUUCCGCAGGAGGGGAAUCGAUUAGUUUCCCCAUCAGGACUUUCAUGUGGUUUGCAUUUCCUUGGACAUUAACCUGUUUCUGCAACGGCUUGAUCAACUACAUUCGCCUAUAUCUGGUGAUUCAGCAUUUUUGCUUUACAAACUGGCAGAUCAUUCAGCUAUAUGCAGAGCUACAGGUUCUCUUUUGGCGCCGCCUCUUAACCAUGUCGGUAAUCCCCUAUUGGAUGCAGAUCACUGGCGACAGUGGUUCCUUUGAGAAGUCGUCAACAAUACGCGAAAAUUUCAUCACUUACGAGACUAAUUUGUUGGACUGAAAAAAGCUUGUUUGUUACUUUUUCAGUUCCAAAUUUAUUAAAGUGCAACUUAAAAAAGGAAAA